AUGAAUUUUCCCGUCGGUCGAUGUCUGUCAUUGACAACCUUGUCCGCUGUCACUGCUUAUCACUAUACUCGCUCCAUUUAUAUAAAACGUGAAUCCUUAUGUACAUCCAAUGAAGCUUGGUAUCGUUCCUUACCACUACGUGAAACAUCUCGCUUUUGGUCACGUUUAUUCUCUGUGAAUAUCCAUCCUCGUUCCCUCCGCAAUCCAAUUUAUAAAUAUUUUUGUCACGUUUUCGGUGCUGAUAUCAACGAAUGUGAACAUGGACCUGAUCAUCUUGACUAUUACGCAAAUUUCGGUGCAUUUUUCCGACGAAAUCUUAAACCCGGUGUGCGUCCGAUAGAUCCCAUCAGUGAUGUUGUUUCGCCAUGUGAUGGUGAAGUGUUAGCCAAUGGGUUAGUGACGUCGGUGGAAAACUUGAACAUUGUCGUUAAAGGUAUUCCAUAUACAAUCAAAGAUUUAUUUCAAUUCGAUCAGUAUGAGAUCGACCGUUUGCAAGAAAAACAAUCGGCAUCUUCACUUUUCUACACAUGUAUCUAUCUUAAUCCAGGCAAUUACCACCAUUUUCAUAGUCCGGCGAAGUGGCGUAUUCGAGAACGUCGUCAUAUAACCGGUGAAUUGAUGAGCGUGCGACCGGAAUUCAUUAUUUGGAUACCGAAUUUGUUGUUAUUGAACGAACGUGUGGUUUAUUUGGGUGAAUAUAAACAUGGUUUAAUGACUCAAACGAUGAUCGGUGCGACAAACGUCGGUUCAAUUGAUAUCUACGCUGAUAAGACCUUGAAAACCAAUCAGAAAUUAGAUGAUUAUACAUUUCGCAUUUGGAAAGAAAAAUUUCAGUCAACUGAUCAGAUGUCUUUCGACAAAGGUGAUCCAUUUGGAGAGUUUAAGUUAGGCUCUUGUAUUGUAUUGGUAUUCGAAGCUCCGUCUACGUUUCAUUUUGCUCGUCAAACAGGUGAUAAGAUUCGUGUUGAUAUGACAUCGAAGAAUGAUCCCGCUGAUUUUUCUAAGUUGAAAUCCGUGCAACCGAUAAACACGGACCCGAAUGCUCCGCCGACCACAGCAUGGCAGCAGAUGAAACAUAAUUAUAACAUGUUUGCCGAAGUUUCGAAAAACAGACCUCUCGGAGAAGUACUUUGUCUGAAAGAAGCACUCAUAUUCGGAAUACCAGGUUCCUUCUUCUGCAGUAUGGCAGCAUUUCUCUUAACAACCAAUCGUAAUCGAGUGUUUCAAGCGGCUGUCGUCUCUUUGCCAGUUCUGACCAUGGGACGAUUUACGCAGUGCCGAAUGGCCAAGUACCACGAACGCAAAGCAACGAUCCUUGUAUCGAAGAUGAUUCAAGCGAAAAUGCUCACGGAUGGUACUAAUAAACAAGCUGAAUUUGAACGUUUAUUCAGUAAAUCCAAAGUUGAAUUAGUAGAAUUAGAAAAGAAACUUGAUGAAAUCAUUUCUAAGCAACAAACUGGUACUAACUAG